AGGGAGAGAGAGAGGUAGAGGGUGUCUGGCUGCGUACAUGUGGUACAGGCAGGGGGAUCAGAACGCUUACAGAACAGGCAGCAUAAUUCCAUGCUCUUCCUAAGUGUCAGCCCUGCCGGGAGCUGUGCCUGCAGCCUACUUGGAGAGGAAAAGUAGAAGGUGGAGGGGGGUCAGCUCCUAAGUGAGUGGGUCCUCACUUAGCAUGAGGGCAUCUGCUGAUCUCCAGUGACUGUCUGGCUCCUCCUGGUCAGAUUUGGCCCUCUCUCUCCUAGAUACUUGCUUUAGAAGAGGAGACACACCUUUCUGCAGCAGGGAGACGGAACUGACCAGAUUGCAAACCGGUGCUGGUAGAUGAUCUGCAGCUGCCCUGGGCCCAGGCAGACUGAUUCAGCAGAAGCAUCUGUGCAUGGGAGUCGCAAUCAGGGGCCAUGGCAGUGCAGCUGGUGCCGGACUCCGCUCUCAGCCUGCUGAUGAUGACGGAGGGCCGUCGAUGUCAAGUACAUCUCCUUGAUGAUAGGAAGCUGGAGCUCCUAGUACAGCCCAAGCUUUUGGCCAAGGAGCUUCUUGACCUCGUGGCCUCUCAUUUUAACCUGAAGGAAAAGGAAUACUUUGGAAUCGCAUUCACAGAUGAGACGGGACACUUGAACUGGCUUCAACUGGAUCGAAGAGUACUGGAGCAUGACUUCCCCAAAAAGUCUGGGCCCGUGGUUCUGUACUUCUGUGUCAGAUUCUACAUAGAAAGCAUCUCCUACCUGAAGGACAAUGCCACCAUUGAACUCUUCUUCCUGAAUGCAAAGUCCUGCAUCUACAAGGAGCUCAUUGAUGUGGACAGUGAGGUGGUGUUUGAGCUGGCAUCCUAUAUUUUGCAGGAAGCAAAAGGCGAUUUCUCUAGCAAUGAGGUGGUGAGGAGUGACCUGAAGAAGCUUCCAGCCCUUCCUACCCAAGCCCUGAAGGAACACCCCUCUCUGGCCUACUGUGAAGACAGAGUCAUUGAGUACUACAAGAAACUGAAUGGCCAGACGAGGGGUCAAGCAAUCGUGAACUACAUGAGUAUCGUGGAGUCUCUCCCAACCUACGGUGUUCACUAUUAUGCAGUGAAGGACAAGCAGGGAAUACCGUGGUGGCUGGGACUAAGCUACAAAGGAAUCUUCCAGUAUGACUACCAUGAUAAAGUGAAGCCAAGGAAGAUAUUCCAAUGGAGGCAGUUGGAGAAUCUCUAUUUCAGAGAAAAGAAGUUUUCCGUGGAAGUUCAUGACCCCCGCAGGGCUUCAGUGACCAGGAGGACUUUUGGGCACAGUGGCAUUGCUGUGCACACGUGGUAUGCAUGUCCAGCAUUAAUCAAGUCCAUUUGGGCGAUGGCGAUUAGCCAACAUCAGUUCUAUCUGGACAGAAAACAAAGUAAGUCCAAGAUCCAUGCAGCACGAAGUCUGAGUGAGAUCGCCAUUGACCUAACAGAAACAGGGACACUGAAGACCUCCAAGCUGGCCAACAUGGGGAGCAAAGGGAAAAUCAUUAGUGGCAGCAGCGGGAGCCUGCUGUCCUCAGGUUCUCAGGAAUCAGAUAGCUCGCAGUCGGCCAAGAAAGACAUGCUGGCUGCCUUGAAAUCCAGGCAGGAAGCUCUGGAGGACACGCUGCGCCAGAGGCUUGAGGAACUGAAGAGAUUGUGUCUCCGGGAAGCCGAGCUCACGGGCAAACUGCCUGUUGAAUAUCCCCUGGAUCCAGGAGAGGAGCCACCUAUUGUUCGGAGAAGAAUUGGGACAGCCUUCAAGCUAGAUGAACAGAAAAUCCUGCCCAAAGGAGAGGAAGCUGAGCUGGAACGCCUGGAACGGGAGUUUGCAAUUCAGUCCCAGAUCACCGAGGCUGCCCGCCGCUUAGCCAGUGACCCCAAUGUCAGCAAAAAACUCAAGAAGCAAAGAAAAGCCUCUUAUCUGAAUGCACUGAAGAAGCUGCAGGAGAUUGAAAAUGCAAUCAAUGAGAACCGCAUCAAGUCAGGGAAGAGACCCACCCAGAGGGCAUCGCUAGUCAUAGAUGAUGGAAAUAUUGCCAGUGAAGACAGCUCCCUCUCUGAUGCUCUUGUUCUUGAAGAUGAAGACUCUCAGGUUACCAGCACAAUAUCCCCCCUACAGUCUCCGCACAAGGGACUUCCUCCUAGGCCACCAUCUUCGCACAACAGGCCUCCUCCCCCGCAGUCCCUGGAGGGGCUCAGGCAGAUGCACUAUCAUCGCACCGACUAUGACAAGUCACCCUUAAAGCCCAAGAUGUGGAGUGAGUCCUCUUUAGACGAGCCUUACGAGAAGGUGAAGAAACGCUCCUCCCACAGUCAUUCCAGCAGCCACAAACGCUUCCCCAGCACAGGAAGCUGUACUGAGGCUGGAGUAAGCAGCUCCUUGCAGAACAGCCCCAUCCGAGGCCUCCCGCACUGGAAUUCCCAGUCUAGCAUGCCGUCCACCCCGGACCUGCGUGUCCGGAGUCCCCACUACGUUCAUUCCACAAGGUCAGUAGACAUCAGUCCCACAAGACUGCACAGCCUUGCACUGCACUUUAGGCAUCGAAGCUCGAGCUUGGAGUCCCAGGGCAAGCUCCUGGGCUCAGAGAAUGACACUGGGAGCCCUGACUUCUAUACUCCGAGGACUCGUAGCAGCAAUGGCUCAGACCCCAUGGAUGACUGCUCGUCAUGCACCAGCCACUCGAGCUCAGAGCACUACUACCCGGCACAGAUGAAUGCCAACUACUCAACACUAGCUGAGGACUCACCGUCCAAAGCGCGCCAGCGGCAGCGGCAGAGGCAGCGGGCAGCAGGCGCACUGGGUUCAGCAAGCUCCGGCAGCAUGCCUAACCUGGCAGCACGCAGUGGGGCUGCAGGCACGGGUGGCAGCGGCGUGUAUCUGCACAGCCAGAGCCAGCCGAGCUCGCAGUACCGCAUCAAGGAGUACCCACUGUAUAUUGAGGGCAGUGCCACACCUGUUGUGGUGCGCAGCCUGGAGAGUGACCAGGAGGGCCACUACAGUGUCAAGGCCCAGUUCAAGACCUCCAAUUCCUACACAGCUGGCGGCCUGUUCAAAGAGAGCUGGCGUGGGGGUGGCGAUGAGGGCGAUGCAGGGCGCCUUACACCAUCGCGCUCCCAGAUCCUGCGGACUCCUUCGUUGGGGCGUGAUGGCGCCCAUGACAAAGGCUCUGGCCGUGCAGCAGUAUCAGAUGAGCUGCGCCAGUGGUACCAGCGCUCCACAGCCUCGCACAAGGAGCACAGCCGCUUGUCGCACACCAGCUCCACUUCCUCGGACAGCGGCUCUCAGUACAGCACCUCUUCCCAGAGCACCUUCGUGGCGCACAGCAGGGUCACCAGAAUGCCCCAGAUGUGCAAGGCCACAUCAGCUGCCUUACCUCAAAGCCAGAGGAGCUCAACACCGUCAAGUGAAAUUGGAGCCACCCCACCAAGCAGUCCCCACCACAUCCUGACCUGGCAGACUGGGAGCUACAGUGAUAGCUGCUUCCUGGAUUCCUCCCUCUAUCCAGAGCUAGCUGAUGUCCAAUGGUACGGGCAGGAAAAAGCCAAGCCCGGGACCCUCGUAUGAGCCAGCCCGGCCUGUUCUGACCAUCGCACGCCAUUCUGAGUCACCUCACUGCCUCUCAGUUGCCUUACCCAGACACACUGUCACCUGCACCAGCUUCGGCCCUCGGCACUUUUUUUCUCCUGUCUCCACAUCCCCUUCAUCCUCAAAAACCUGACUGAGGAGACAUUCUGGAAGGUUCCGAUCCCACUGUGUGUCCUCUGGCUCUCUGGGCAAGAGAGCCAGACAACAAUCCUCAAUGGCAUCUUGGUGGUUUCCCUUUGCCAUGACAGCCCCAGGCCAGGAACUGUCAGGGAAGCCAACAUAUGCAACUCCUGUGGAAAGAGAAGCGUUGGUAGACAAUGGAAAAAGACACAGACUUAUCUGUGCAGACUGUAAAGCCGUGUCCAGCUGCCACCAGAGGCCAAAUGAGUGCUUCAAGAGGAUGCUUCAUGGGGAUACUCAGUUUAUACCAGAAAUAUUCUGUAUUCUGUAAUGAGAGAGCCUACAAGAAUAUCUAAGGGAAAGAGAGAGAAAGGAAGACCAGCGCUUCUGAGACGCAUCGGAGGAUCACUAUCGGUUCUAUGCUGCCAAAGAUUAGACACAUUCAACAAUAGACAGAUAGGAGGGGCCAAGAGGAACACACUUUUUCUGCAGUGAAAUUUCUUUUCAGCUCUAAACUGCUUCUAUGCAGCACAAGUGAAAGUCAACCAUUUGUAAAUCAUGUCCUGUCGUGACCCACUUCUCCCUACCCGAGAGCCUGGAAAUGAACCCAAUGGGACAGUGAAGACGGAGGAGGCUUGACUGGCCUGGCAGAUACAGAAUCUGUCUGUCUGGAUAUGAAGGAAAACAGAUUGGAAGUAGGAGCAGGGUGCUGUUAACCACCCUAUGCUGGGGCCUCAGCCUGUGCCCCCGAAGCUGUUUUCCUUUUGGGAUUGGUCGGAAGCUAAAGGUGAUCAUUGCCAAAAGCGGUUCUCUCUUGUUAAAACAGCCAGUAAACGUGUAACCUUUCUUUUUUGUACAAGGCGUUUCAUUUUCUUUUUUAUGGGAAACCAAGGGAAAAAGCACAUUGCAAUCUAUUCAAGUGUUUUACUGUUGUGGCUCAUUUUGUUUGUUAACACGUGUGUGACAAAGAACUCAGAUGGACCUCUCCUGUGUGUCACUUAGUCAAAGAACCCAAGUAUGCCCUUAGGUAGGAAGAUUUUUUUUAUUUGUCUACCAGCCGGCAGGCAGAGCAGAGUUGAAACAACUCCGCUCCCAAAGGGCCCAUCCACUUCCAGCAGUAUCCAUGACCUUGAUUGCCACCUCUGUCCACAGAUACCAAGAGGAUAAAAGGCGGCAAAAAAAAAAAAAAAAAAAAAAAAAAAAAAAAAAAGAAAAAAAAAAAAAGAAAAAGAAAAAAGAAAAGAAAAAGAAAAAAAAGGAAAAGCAUGUGUGCAAGUUGCUCGUUUACAUGUGUUUUGAGCUAUGCUCAACACACAAUCAAAAAGCCAUCAAUCUUCAAAGGCCUCAAAAUUUUAUAAUAACUACACCAGUGAACAGUCUUAGUUGGGUUACUCAACAUGGCACAAAAGAGUUUCCCUGGAGGUAUAGUACACGUUAGCAUAAGUGGGGCCUUGGGGGGGGUCGCCUAUGAAAAGACAUCCAAGGUGGGAGUACUUUUGUGGGAAAGCAGAUCUAAGAAUUAGCUGUGGCAUCAAAAGAAAAACCAUUGUUGUUCUUGUAUGUGAAUCCAAGAACAACAGACUGCACCACACCAGGAGGGUAAGCAAUGGACACUGCUCACUCUGCAGUGGCUUGGAAAGCUCUGGAAGUCAACAAGGAAUAUUAAUACCAUGAGGUCUUAGGCCUCCUCUGCCAUUUUUCUAUGGCCCAUUCAAGGCCAGAUACCCCAGAGCUGGCAUGGCCAGCUUGAUGACUAAACAGUACUCUUCUUGGACACUGCAGUGUAACCCUGUAGGAUUGGUAGAAACUGGAUAAUGGUACAAAAAGAAUCUGGGGCUUGAUGGAGAUGGGGGCUACCCUUUUCUUUUUUGCUCCUAGUAUGAUAUCAGAGCUACAAAAGGCAGAUUUAUUUGGGAAUUUUUUUUCCUUCCUUCCCUAAUAGGAAAUGUGACACAAUGGGUCAAUUUUUUUCUUCCAAAAGGAGAUGCCUGAACAAUUAGACUGAACUAUGGUGCAACAGGAAAAGUCCAAAGAGAAACAAAGAAGACAAGGUUACAUGGUUACAGGUUAUAACAGAGACAGUGGUUUGAAAAUCAGUUCUGAAUUAGCUUGGAUCAAUGACAGAGGCAGAAAGAAUCUAAAAUAAUACAUUUGGGGAGCAGAGAGGAAUUGUAUGGAAGCUGUGAACACCGUCAGGAUAGUCUGAUAGUAAGGACAGAGAUUAAGUAAAACAGGUUUUACUGUUUAGCUGUGUUCAGUUAAUACAAUGUACAUAAUAAGCAUUAGUCCUUUUGAGACUGACAAUGAUAAAUGGUCAGUGUGGUGGUGAACACUCUAAGUGUUGUAUGCAAGCACCUGCAAACGCUUUACAGUCCCUAUUUCUUUAAAGGAAGAUGUAAUAUGAAGCCCCCAGUCUGAUCUAAAGCCCCUACUGGAUUCUUUGAGUACACGUAAGAAAUUGCCUGUUUCAGCCAGAAAACUAUGUUGUGAGCCAGGGUGGUUUAUUUUGUUAUAUGCAGGUGAGUGUUGAAACUGUUAAAAAUCCCAAUUUGUUUUUAUUCAGUAUUAGUUUAGUUCUCAAAUAUAGCAAACCUCAUCCAGGUGCUAUCAGAUGACCAAUUACUGCUUAGUUAACUAGGUGUAAAGUUUUACAUAUCCAUUCAUGUCAAUAGUUUAUUACAAGUUGUGUAAAAUGGACUCUAGUUUAAUAAUGAGGGGAAAUAUUAGGUUGCUCCUGAAACUGACUGUAGAGCAUGUAAAAUGAUUUUACUGGAUUCUGUUCAACUGUAAUCAAUAAAAAAGAUGUAUGUUGUAGACAAAGUUGCAGAAUUAAAAGAGAAAUCUGCUUUUAAUUUAUUCUUUUUGUAUUAAGAAUUUGUAUAGUACCUUUACAUUUUGCAGAACAGUGUUGUCAACACUUAUUAAAACAUUUUCAAAAUGAAAA